GAAACCAAAACUACAAAUUUCAGACCUUCCAUUUGCUACAUACCAUCGUCGUCUCUUUGCCUCGAGAACUUGAACCUGCCUCAGCUGCCGUGCGGCGGCUUAAAGGCCUCGAACGGUCGGUCACCGCAUCUCUACUUCACCAACUAUCUGUCUGAAUUUUAAUGGCGAAUUCGUUGUUUCUUCCAAAUCACACCUUGGUAGCUCCGCCUCCUCGUAGCCUUUCUGCUUCUGUCUCCUCGAAACCCAACAAACCCCAACCACCUCUUCUUCCUUGUCCUCCUUCUCCUCGUCUUCUAGGGUUUAGCAGCUUCUCUCUAACCACCACCUCUUCCUCCUCCGUUAUUAAUCACAGCAGUGGAAGCAGUGGCGGUAGUAGGAGGCGUGUCUCUUCCAUCAAAUCUCGUCUCACCCCUCAAGCCUCGGUUACCCCAUUGAAUUCCAGAAAGGACAAUAAUAAGAGCAAUGCAGGACCUUCUGAAAGCGGAGCAGAUCAAGAGCAUUUUCCCCCUUUGAAAACCCUCCUUCAAAUUUACAAGGAGGCUAUUUUUAACGGAGAUGGAAAAACUGUUUCCGAAGUAGAAGCUAUUAUAGAAGUAAUAGAAAAUGAGAAGAAUGAAUUAGUCAAGAAAGUAUCUUCUGCAUCAGCAGAGAUAACAUCUGGGAAGGAGAAACUUAUCCGCUUGCAAGCAGAUUUUGAUAAUUGUAGAAAAAGAUUUGAGAAGGAGAGGCUUACUGUAAGGACCGACGCCCAAGGAGAAGCGAUUGAGAGUCUUUUGCCCAUGGUUGACAAUUUUGAGAGAGCCAAACAGUACCUUAAACCCGAGACUGAAAGGGAAGAAAAGAUUGAUGCAAGUUACCAAGGUAUUUACAAGCAAUUCGUUGAGAUUAUGAGGGGCUUGAGUGUAGCUGUCGUUCCAACUGUGGGAAAGCCUUUUGAUCCUUCACUGCAUGAAGCUAUUGCACGGGAAGAGUCUCAAGAGUUCACGGAAGGGAUUAUAAUUCAAGAAAUCCGCCGCGGGUUUUUACUCGGAGGUCGGCUCCUGAGACCAGCAAUGGUUAAAGUCUCAUCAGGUCCUGGCAGUAAGAAAUCCCCUGUGGCCACCGAGAAAACAACUGCAGGAGUGGAGAAAUGAUAAGCUUUCUCAUGGAAGCUGAAUUAGAAGUUAGGAUACAUCUGCUUUCAUCGGCCAAUCUGGAGUUUCUUGUCAACGGCUAUGGUUCUUCGAAAGUUUCCGAGGUAUAAAAGUUCAAAUUAAAUUGUCACAAUUGGCAUGUGCAAGAAGCCAGGCUCAUUUUUUGAAAGUUCGAUUUAAAUUGUCACAUUUGCAUGCGGGUGCUAUACUUUUGUUUCACAAGAAAGCACUCGUUAUUUGUAAUUCUGGGAAUGUUUUGUAUUAAUCACAUGGUUCUUGAUAGCAGAAUGAAAAUGUUAUAUAAAAUCGUUAAGCUU